UAAUACCUUUGAUAAAUUUGAAUUUAUACACUUUCAACACAUGGCAACAUGCCAGAAUGCCAAUGCGAUGAUUUUUUUCAGUGUACAACUGACAUUUGGCGUUGUGAUAAUAUUGACAGCUGGGCACCACUGAAGUUUGUAUGAAAACGUGCGCUGCUUUAUUUAAGGGAAGUCAUUUUGCGCAUAAAUUGAUACGACGCAAAAUAAAUUUAAAAUAAUGUCUAAGGAGAACAAAUUGUUACAAUUCCAUGAGAUGGAAUUGGAUAACAGGAUACUUAAGGCGAUUUCGCAGCUCGGUUGGACGGAACCAACUCUUAUACAAGAAGCAGCAAUACCAUUAUUGUUAGAAGGAAAAGAUGUUGUUGUAAGAGCGCGAACGGGUUCAGGCAAAACUGCAGCAUUUGCCUUACCUUUAAUACAAAAGAUACUAAACUCUAAGCUAAACGCCGCGGAACAAUGCAUAAGUGCUUUGGUCUUAGCACCGAGUAAGGAAUUAUGUCAGCAGACGCGUUGUGCAAUGGAGCAAAUGGCAGAUAAAUGUGGUCAAGUUAUACGCAUCGUUGAUCUUACAUCUAGUGAUAUAGUUGCACAGAAACAUAUACUUUCCGAAAGGCCAGACGUUGUUGUCACAACACCGGCGAAAGUUAUUGCACACAUACAAAGUGGCGCAAUGGAUUUAAAACAUGUUGAGACCGUUGUAGUGGAUGAAGCCGAUUUGGUCUUUUCUUUUGGUUUCGAAAAGGAUUUUAAAAAGUUAGCCACCCACCUGCCGCCAAUAUAUCAAGCUGUUCUCGUGUCCGCUACUAUUUCCGAAGAUGUUAUGAAUAUGAAAAAUAUUAUAUUACACAAUCCUGUGAUUUUAAAAUUGGAAGAAUCCGAUUUAGUCCCUGAAAGCCAAUUGUCGCAUCAACGUAUCAUUGCCGAAGAGGACGAUAAACCAGCAAUUUUAUAUGCCUUGCUGAAACUGCGUCUAGUACGUGGAAAAAAUGUCAUAUUUGUGAAUUCGGUUGAUCGUUGCUAUAAACUAAAAUUAUUUUUGGAACAAUUCAGCGUUAAAUCAUGCAUUUUAAACUCUGAAUUGCCUACAAAAAUUCGUACACACACUAUUAAUCAAUUUAAUCAAGGCAUUUACGACUUCAUCAUAGCCUCCGAUGAGCGUGUUUUAGAAAAUCCAGGCCGAAAAGGUGAUCGAGAGUCUGGUGUAUCGCGUGGCAUUGAUUUUCAGUGUGUUGCCAAUGUUAUAAAUUAUGAUUUCCCUAUCGAUGUCAAUGCUUAUAUACAUCGUGCUGGUCGUACAGCGCGUGGUACAAACAAAGGUUGCGUUUUAUCGUUGGUGGGUAUUAAGGAUCAAGCUGUGAAUGAAGCUGUCGAAGAAAAAUUGCGUAGCGGUUAUAUGAGCGACGAACAAGUCAUAAAGAAUUAUCAGUUUAAAAUGGAAGAAGUAGAACCAUUUCGUUACCGUGCACAAGAUGCAUGGCGUGCCAUCACACGUAUAGCAGUGCAUGAAGCGCGAUUACGUGAAAUAAAAACUGAAAUAUUCAACAGCGAGAAGUUGAAAGGAUUCUUCAGUGAAAACACUAGAGACUUACAAGUCUUACGUCACGAUAAGCCGCUUAAAACAGUCAAGGUUCAGCCACAUUUGUCACAUGUGCCUGAAUAUAUAGUGCCGAAAGCUUUAAAACGUUUAGCUACAACAAGCACAGUACGAGCUGCAAAAACUCCGCGCACCUAUCAUUCCAAAACGAAGGCAGCAUAUGAGAGUAAAGUAGAUAAUCCCCUGCUCUGUAGUGAGAUAGAUUAUGGCAAGAAACGGGGUUCUAUGCGGCGUAAAAAGUAAAUUUUAUUUUAGUUAAUAGCAAAUAAAUAUAAGUUAAGUUUUAAAUAUUCUAUAAAAA